CGCGACGUUGACAAGGCAUGUAUGCAGUUUGACAUAGGACUUACCCGGUACUACUCCACAUAAUUGGCGACAGAGUCAGGAGGCUUGGAUAUUUGAAUUCAAAUAGAACACAUGAGGCGAACAUCCUCUGUACGAGUCCAUGCACGUUCGCAAGCACUUCACCGAGAAUGAAAUCUACAUCGAGCGACGAGGUCAUGGUUUUCUGUUGGUCGGCGUCACGAUCGCGGUGUCACAACCGACGGCGUGGCGCGGUGGAGAUGACCAAUCAUAGGCCGCGGCUCCUAUGAUCAUUCAGGUCAUUCAGGACGAAAACUUUACAGUCAUUGCAAUUAUCUUCUCAGCCUGAAGCGAAUAUGGGGCCCGAUAAUCGACCAGCCAAAAGACCUCGCUUGCAAGGACCUGAUGGCUUCCAAGUAACGAAGAAUACCUCGAAACCCGCGUACAAACCUCCCCCGCCCUUUGUAUCCUCUUUUGAUCCACCGAAGGCCGGGCCCUCAACAAAGGUUCCUUAUGACAAGCAGGCCAAAUCGAAGGAUUCGACUCAUGUUCGACAGCGACCGCAAAACCCGUUAACUGCCGAGCUCCCCGACUUUGGCGACACUUCACUCGGACGCGAGGCUAAGGGAAAGGAGAAGGAAAUAUCGGUUCGCCCAGCUGGCAAUCGCAAGCGACUGAUCCCAUUUAUCACUGCGAAUAACGCAGGGUCAGACACAUCUCGUGCGCCAAUCGUGAAGCGCCUCACUAUUGCCCCUUCGGAAUCAGCAUCUGUACAUCUUCCUAUAUCCCGUCAAAAACCGCAUUCCGCACCUCUUCGGCCUCUUCAACCUCUCAAGCCACCUUCGUUUAUAAUCAGCGCCCCAGCAGAUGCAUCAUCUUCCAAACCUCAAUCUUUCUCGAUUCUCAAGCCACCUCCAAGGCCUCAGCCGACUACUAAAGCGAUCGUUCUGAAGCCUCUUGCUCCGCCUAGCUUUGCCCCGUUUCCCCCCAAGAAAUCAUCGACUAACAUGAAGCCCAUCUCAUCUUUCGCGAUAAAUCCCACAAAGGACGGUGCAGGUGCUGAGCUGCUCUCGCUUUUCCUCCAACAGCACGGACAUAACUUUGUCACUCCAUUCGAACGCGAGAUACAGCGUGGCAUUGGACUCAGCCCUCGCAAAAACAAGAACGCCAAAGGGAAUUUUGUACGCGGUGGGAUGGCGGCGCGUGCGCAACACCUCAUCUCAGGCACAAAGACCGACUAUACCCUUUGGUGCCUACAGCUUAAACAGAAGCUCUCGUCCGCGUCACCCUCCGCGCCGGCUUUAUCGUGUGAUUUGCGCCUACAUAUUCUGCGAGUACUACCCCUUCCCACGAAAACCCCCACCCCUACCCGUGUGCACAUCGCCAUAUGCCGCAUCUCAUCCCGCCACAGGUCCGCCAACAUAACCGACUUGAGAGAUCAAUGCUAUGUCGUUCUUUUUCCACACGUUGUGGAGCCCAGUCGUAAUUUCGAAGAGGGCAAGGAUGUCUUGGCCUGGAUGCCGUGGUACAAGGCUAUGCUCUCCCAUGUAGUGCCGAGGGAAGUAUUAGGAGGUCUUUCGGUUGAGCCAUUGAUGCCUCCAAGAAGCGUCAUGAUUGUACCACGAUGGCACAUUAUGCAGGCAGACUGAGUGACAGGAGGAGCUAGGGUCCGUACUGGGUACUGGGUCACCGCUACACUGGUACUGAUGGUUUCAUAAUCAUAUUGCAUGGCGUUUGGGACGUACCUUUUCAGUCACUUGUCAAAAGUCCUCCUGCCGACGAGUCAAACGCCAGUGCCUCGAUCCGCAUGCUGAUUCUAAAUUGAUAUCUUGAAGGUAGUCCAGCUCUGACAUGACUGAAACGAGUCUUUCGAACUGCGUAACCAUGUUGUACUCCG